GCUGCCACCUUUUUGUACUAUUAACCUUAAACAUAAACAUUUAAGAGGCUUUUUAUUUAAUUUAUGCAUUAAUCACCAAGUAAAUGUCUUCUGCACAAUGACAAACAAUGAAUCGAUGUCAGAACCAGCCAGUUCCAGCCGCCCCGGCUCCAGCAAACAGCAACAACAACCGAAUUUGGAGAUAACUGAAAAAGUGCGUGUUCUUUGCCUGCAUGGCUAUCGUCAAGAUGCGGAUGCGUUUAAAAGCAAAAUUGGAUCAUUCCGGAAAUUCGCCUCAAAAUAUGCCGAUUUUGUGUUCAUUACGGCACCACACGUAGCACCACCCUUAGAAGCUAAUGCCGAGCCUGUCCAGGAGCAACGUAGCUGGUGGGCCAACAAGGACGAUGGAACAUUCAAAGGCACCAACAAGGGUGGACCGGCUUUUGGCUACCAAGAGAGUUUGCGAUUGGUUGAAGAUGUUUGGAAGACACAAGGCCCAUUCCAGGGCCUCUUGGGAUUCUCACAAGGUGCCUGCUUUGUGGGUUUGAUUUGCGGUCUGGCCAAAAAGAAAUUGACCUCCAUCCGUCCGGAAUUUGCAGUACUCGCUUCAGGCUUUAUAUCUGGCAGUUUGGUGCAUAUGAGCGCCUACGAGGAGCGUAUCAGCAUACCUGCCUUGCAUGUCUAUGGCCUGACGGAUGAGAUCAUACCCAAGGAGAUGAGUCAAGCUCUGGCCAACCAUUUUAAAAACGUCGAUAUUUUGGAGCAUGACGGUGGUCAUUAUUUCCCAGCCAAGGCCCAACAGAAACAAACCUAUAUAAAUUUCUUUCAAGACCGCCUCCAGGAAUAUCUUGAACAACAGGAACUGCAACAGAGCGGCAAUGCAUCCUUUGUGGACAGCGCCGAUGGCGAGGAUGAGGCCAAUGAUGCCGAAGUGGCUGCUGUUAUGGAUGACAGUGAUUAGAUUAGUCUUUUUUUUUUGGUUUUUCGCAAUCUUCGUUUCGUUUUCAUCUUAUUUUCAUUUUUCGUUUUGUUUUUUUUCUUUUUGUUUUUUUUUAAUAAUAAUAAUUAAAUUCUUAUUAUUACAAAAAUAAUAAUUUGAUUAUAAAUUAUAAUAAAAUUAGUUUCCAAUAUAA